AUGAGCACCUACAACCCUCCCACACUCCUGCAGCUGGCACUGGAGGGGGUGCUGAGGAAGGAUUCCAUAGACUUCUCUGAUCUGGAGGCCCUGCCCAUCAUGCUCUUCCCACCACUCUUCAUAAAGGCCUUCAAUAGCAGACACACAGAGAUAAUAAAGAAAAUGGUGGCAACCUGGCCCUUUCCCUGCCUCCCUGUGGGGACACUGCUUGAAACCGCUGAUGUGGAGAUGCUGCAAACUGUGCUGGAUGGCAUAGAUAUACUGCUGACACAGAAUGUUAGUCUCAGGUGCAAGCUUCAAGUGUUGGAGUUGAGAGAUGUACACCAGCAUUUCUGGGAUGUAUGGACUGGAAGAGAGGAUGAGGUCCACUCAGCAGAGACUAGGAGUGAGAAGAAAGUAGGAGAGGGCAUUUCUAGAAAACCACUGAGGGGUGUGAAGAUAUACUAUGUGCACAGUUAUCAAACUGACUGGUCAGUGCAGACCUUCUGUUUAUGA